GCUGGUCGGCGGCGGCAGCAGCGGUGGCUGUGCGCGUGUGCGGCGGCGGCGGCCCAGCCAGGAGCGGCGGGCGGGCGGGCGGCGGCGUGGGACGCUGAGGGAAUAUAAAGGUGCAGCAUCAUGGUUAUGAAAGCUACAGUAGAAGAUGAUGAUUCAGGUUGGGAACUCGGUAUGCCUGACAAGAUGGAAAAGAGUAAUACCAGCUGGAUAGAUAUAACCCAAGAUUUUGAAGAAGCUUGUAGAGAACUGAAAUUAGGAGAACUGCUUCAUGACAAGCUUUUUGGUCUUUUUGAAGCCAUGUCUGCCAUUGAAAUGAUGGAUCCCAAGAUGGAUGCUGGUAUGAUUGGAAACCAAGUUAACAGAAAGGUUCUUAACUUUGAGCAAGCCAUUAAGGAUGGCACCAUUAAAAUAAAGGAUCUCACUUCACCAGAGCUGGUAGGAAUAAUGGAUACAUGUUUUUGUUGUUUGAUAACAUGGCUGGAAGGACAUUCCUUGGCACAGACAGUAUUCACUUGUCUUUAUAUUCAUAAUCCAGACUUCAUAGAAGAUCCUGCAAUGAAGGCUUUUGCUCUUGGAAUCCUAAAAAUUUGUGAUAUUGCCAGAGAAAAGGUUAAUAAAGCAGCUGUUUUUGAGGAGGAAGAUUUUCAGUCAAUGACUUAUGGAUUUAAAAUGGCCAACAGUGUGACUGAUCUUAGAGUUACAGGUAUGCUGAAAGAUGUAGAAGAUGACAUGCAAAGACGAGUGAAGAGCACUCGAAGUCGACAAGGAGAAGAGAGAGAUCCGGAAGUUGAACUUGAACAUCAGCAGUGUUUAGCUGUGUUCAGCAGAGUCAAGUUUACCCGGGUUCUACUAACUGUCCUAAUAGCAUUUACAAAAAAAGAGACAAGUGCAGUUGCAGAAGCUCAGAAACUWAUGACUCAAGCAGCUGACUUGCUUUCUGCCAUACACAAUUCACUGCAUCAUGGUAUGCAGGCACAAAAUGAUACCACUAAAGGAGAUCAUCCUAUUAUGAUGGGGUUUGAGCCACUUGUUAAUCAGAGACUGUUGCCACCAACUUUCCCUCGAUAUGCAAAAAUUAUUAAACGGGAAGAAAUGGUCAAUUAUUUUUCCAAACUAAUAGACCGAAUAAAAACUGUAUGUGAAGUAGUCAACCUAACUAAUUUGCACUGUAUACUGGACUUUUUCUGUGAGUUUAGUGAGCAAUCUCCAUGUGUUCUUUCAAGAUCCCUGUUACAGACAACUUUUCUAGUAGAUAACAAGAAGGUGUUUGGCACUCACCUCAUGCAAGACAUGGUAAAAGAUGCCUUAAGGUCUUUCGUCAGUCCUCCAGUACUUUCUCCAAAGUGUUGUCUUUAUAAUAAUCACCAGGCGAAGGACUACAUUGAUUCCUUUGUCACACAUUGCGUUCGGCCAUUCUGUAGUCUGAUUCAAAUCCAUGGACACAACAGAGCUCGUCAGAGAGACAAACUGGGUCACAUUCUUGAGGAAUUUGCCACACUACAGGAUGAGGCAGAGAAAGUAGAUGCAGCGCUUCAUAGUAUGUUACUGAAGCAGGAACCACAAAGGCAACAUUUGGCCUGCUUGGGCACCUGGGUCCUGUAUCAUAACCUUCGUAUUAUGAUACAGUAUCUUCUCAGUGGCUUUGAGUUGGAACUUUACAGUAUGCAUGAAUAUUACUACAUCUACUGGUAUCUCUCAGAGUUCCUCUAUGCCUGGCUGAUGUCAACGCUGAGCCGUGCCGAUAGCUCUCAAAUGGCAGAGGAGAGGAUCAUGGAGGAACAACAGAAAGGCCGUAGUAGUAAGAAAACAAAGAAAAAGAAGAAAGUUCGCCCUCUCAGCAGAGAGAUCACCAUGAGUCAAGCAUAUCAAAAUAUGUGUGCUGGGAUGUACAAGACAAUGAUUGCAUUUGACAUGGAUGGCAAAGUAAGAAAACCUAAGUUUGAACUGGAUAGUGAACAAGUUCGAUAUGAGCACAGAUUUGCUCCAUUCAACAGUGUUAUAACACCACCCCCAGUGCAUUACCUGCAAUUUAAAGAAAUGUCUGAUUUAAAUAAGUAUAGUCCACCUCCUCAAUCAUCAGAUCUCUACAUGGCAGCUAGCAAGCACUACCAGCAAGCUAAAAUGAUUCUUGAGAAUAUUCCGAAUCCAGACAAUGAGGUCAAUCGAAUUUUAAAAGUUGCAAAACCCAAUAUUGUGGUCAUGAAGCUGCUGGCAGGAGGCCACAAGAAAGACUCUAAGGUUCCUCCAGAAUUUGACUUCUCUCCUCAUAAGUACUUCCCAGUUGUGAAGCUUGUUUGAAGAACAAGGUUUUUAUUAGGAUAACUGAAGAAUAUCUGUGUAGCAGAUACCAGCUCUAGGACGGAAUAUCUAGUGCUGCACUCAGACUACGAGGGACCUUCAGGAUAAAAGUACUGUUACGUGGAAUAUCUGUAGUCUGCUGCCUUUAUGUGAUUUGAAUGACAACUGCUGUUUUAAAGUGGUUUGUAUAAAGUUUWAUGGAUAUUAUGCGUGAAGCUGAUUUUAAUCAAUUGUAUUAUUAAGGAAUGUUUUCCCUUAGUUGAUUUUAUUACAGAUUUUGAUCAUAAAUAAUUUUUAUUAAUGUAUUCUCAGAAAGUGGUGGGUUAGGAACUGAAUAAAAAUCAU